UGAUGUAAACAAAACACAAUAUUGUCGACGAAAUAUGACUACUGUCCAAUAAAAUACAAUAAAAUAUUAUUUUACGAUCAACAAUUUAAAUAAUUUAAUACAUAUCAUUAAAUAAUAAUUUUUUAAACGCAAAUUUAAGUUUUCUUAAUAAAUCAUUUAAGUUAUCAAGAAUUAUAAAAUAUGACAAAAAUUGAGAAGAAAAAACAAGAAUUCAAUGUGGAAAUAAACCAAAAUCGUAUUAAUUACUUGUAUCAAUUAAGUACAGCUCUAGCUGGGCAAUGUCCUGGCUUAUCAUCAACAUAUAACUCUAUACUGAAAGGUUUAUCACAAAAAAGUUUACUAAGAGUUGAUCCAGAAAUGAAAAGAAAUAUCUGUAAGGGUUGUGAUACUAUGCUUAUACCUGGAAAAACUGUAACAUGUCGUACAAUAAAAAAAACCAAAGGUACAAUUAAAUGGUCAUGUAAUUUUUGUGGAAAGUCAAAGACGUUUAGAAAAAAUAACAAUAAUUGCAUAUGGUCGGAAAAUCCUGAUUUUUUGUUACAAACUAUUAUUUAUGAUUAAUAAAAUAAAAUAAUGUUUUACCUGUUAA